CUUCCCUCGAAACGGCGACCUGAAUUCGACUUGACACAGGAAGCUCACGGCUUACCGGCAAAGGAAUAGAAUUGCCUCUCGCCCCGCGCUCCUUGUGAGCAAGCAGCCGACAAGAUGCUGUACGAACUAAUUGGAAUUGUCCGACCUGGCAAUCUUGCCGAGGUGAAAGAAAUCGUCCUCACAGCAGGCCAACUAAUCCUCCAACAAAAAGGCGUCAUCCGAGGAAUAUCAAACUGGGGCGUCUUCCUGCUCCCCAAGCCCGCCAGCGUGCAUCAGAUGCGACACCACCAGGGUCACUACUUCGCAAUGCGCUUCGACAGCUCCGUCUCUACGCAAGACGCCGUGCGCCAGAUGUUGGCCCUCGACCCGCGCAUGAUCCGUCACUCGUCCGUGAAGCUGGGUAACGGUAAGCUUGAGACGAUGAGUCGGUUCGGGGCGCCGCAGUGGUCAACGUCGUUCUAGGAGGUUGUGAGGUCGAGCAUUUGGGGUUUGGUUGGGUUGGGAGAUGGAAACGUUGGAUGACGUGGUUAUCCGGACUAACUAUAUCUCCUA